CGCGCUGAUGAUGGUGGAAUCUCCAGUUGAUGGAGUGAUAAAACUACUUAAUCCAGAAGGCUCUUGAGUGCUAGUCGCAAUGGCUGUGCUGUCAGGCGAGGAGGUUGUUUCGGCGGGAAGUUCGGUUACACUUGAGGAUUGGGUGGUGCUGAAGCUAUCCACGGAAGUCGUAGCUUCAACAGGAAUCUUAGUUGUGCUCAUAGAUGGGGUCGACAGAGGCAGAGGUGCACCGGAUGAAGAUGAGGAUGCAUCACCGAAACUUGUCAAGGUGGAUGAUCCUGAUAGGGGUGCACUUACGGAUGGUAAGGCUGUGGCGGAGAUGGUGAACGAGCCUGAGAACGGGCUCGAGGAAGAAAUAGUUGGUUCGAAAACCGAACUCAAGCUGAAAGUGGAUGAUGGUUCAGCUGAUGAAACGGACGAAGUUACCAAGCUCGGUGUAGAGGUCGGCUCAAAAGUUGUCAAAGCCAAGCCCUGGGAGGAUGAGCCUAUAGACGAGGAGGGGAUUGGAGAUAUAUCCGUGGAGGCAGUGAAAGAAGAGGUGAAACCUGGUGAUAAAGUGGUCUGAGAAGUACUGUCCGUCGAUGG